AUGCAGCAAAACGGCGACCCGAAAAGGCCAAACAAAAUCAUCCGUUUCAAACCGGUUGAUUCUCAAACAAGUCAGCAGGCUGCUGUUGCCGAAGAUCCCCUCCCAGAAUACAUGAAUGUGUUGGGAAUGAUUUUUAGCAUGUGCGGAUUGAUGAUCAGAAUGAAAUGGUGCUCCUGGCUCGCAAUUCUUUGCUCAUGCAUUUCAUUCGCCAACACGCGCAGCUCCGACGACGCCAAGCAAAUAGUGAGCAGCUUCAUGCUCUCAGUAUCAGCGAUUGUGAUGAGCUAUCUUCAAAAUCCGGCUCCAAUUAUUCCGCCAUGGGUUUCGCUCUUUCAAACAACAAUGUUCACCGUUGUUGUGACCGGCGGCAGCGGUCUCGCCGGUAGGUACAUCGUCAAGCGGCUUCUCGAAAAUGAGCAGAUCGCCGAAAUCCGAGUGAUCGAUAAGAAUUUGAUACCAUUUGAACACAAUCGGGUUCGAUGUUUCGAUUUUGAUUUGAACGAUCGAGCCUCACUGAAAACCGUUUUAACAGGAACUGACGGUGUCAUUCACUGUGCACAUUCAACUUUUCCGGUGUUAUACCCAAAAAAUAAGGAUGAACUGAAAGAGAUGUGGAAGGAUAAUUUAGACGCUACCGAGGCUGUCAUCGACACAAUGGAGUUGCUGAAAAUCCGAACGCUUGUCAACGUCGGAUGCGCAUAUUGUCCGAUUCCAAACGAGGACAAUUUCGGACUUACACAGGAUUCUUUCAUGGACUAUCCGAAGAAUUAUAUGCUUGAUUCUUAUGGUGAGUCGAGAACACGAGCAGAGAUGUACGCCAGAAAAGCGGCCAAAAAAGGAACCAUUGACGCUAUAUUCCUUCGGCCUACGUUCAUUUAUGGACAAGGACGAAGUCGAAAGUUUGAAUGUCUGAAGAAGCUCAUUGCACAUGGAAAAGUGCCAUAUAUUAGCGGAGAUCGACGAGGAUUGCAUCAAUUUAUUUAUGCCGGCAAUUUGGCGGCAAUCGUUGAAAAAUCAUUUUUUGGCCUUCAAUCGGAUCCGCGAAGAUUUAAUUCAGAGAUAGUGUUCUGUUUGGAUGAGACUUGCGCGUUUUCGAUGCGCGAGUUUUUGGCGAGACGAUUUCAACACCCAAAUUUCUCCGAACAAAACACAGUUUCCUACUGGCCAUCGUUUUUCAGCAGCUAUUCGAAUUAUUGGAAAGAAUCGUUGGGACUUCGUGCGACUGAUGAUGGUUUGAAUCAUGUCGCUUUCAGGUUAUUCUUUGAGAAAACCAUCGGAUUUCCGAAUAAGAAGCUACGGCUCUUAUUAGACAUUAAGCCUGAAAUUAAUCAAGCUGAGGCGUUUGCAAAAUAUGUGAAUCGAAAAGCAAAUUUUACAACGGAGAUUGUCAAACGAUCAACAUUCCAAGGAUAA